GGACCCAUUUGCAAAACCCAUUGUCGGAAAUCUUCCACCAUUUCCAGAAUCUGUGGGAAGGCCAGGCCAAGCCAGAGCGAAAACGACCAAGCAAGUAAGCAGGCAAAGAAUCCGGUACGAACAAACCCCAGCGCAAGCCGAUGGCAUCAACAAUUCUAAAGCGAGCAACUUCAUCUGCUAUGAAAUCAAGGCUGGAAAGUCUGCUAACCGGAGCGUCAAGAAGAAGCUACGCGUCGAUUGCAGCGGGGACGGACAUAGUGAAUGCUGCACCCGGUGUUUGUCUCCAGAAAGCUCGAAGCUGGGAUGAAGGCGUCUCUUCUAACUUCUCUACUACUCCUCUCAAAGAUAUUUUCACGGGCAAGAAAGUCGUCAUCUUUGGACUGCCUGGAGCAUACACUGGGGUUUGUUCACUGCAGCAUGUGCCUAGUUACAAAAAGAACAUUGAUAAGUUCAAGGCUAAAGGAAUUGAUUCUAUCAUUUGUGUUGCUGUUAAUGAUCCGUAUGCCAUGAAUGCCUGGGCAGACAAUCUGCAAGCUAAAGAUGCGAUUGAAUUUUAUGGGGACUUUGACGGAAGCUUCCACAAGAGCCUAGAAUUAGGAAAAGAUCUCUCUGCUGCUUUGCUUGGGCCUCGCUCUGAAAGAUGGUCAGCAUACGUAGUUGAUGGAAAGGUUAAAGCUCUUAACGUAGAGGAGGCCCCAUCUGACUUCAAGGUUUCUGGUGCAGAGGUUAUUUUGGAACAGAUAUAAAGAUGUUAUAGAAUCAUUUUGCCACUCUACGCCAGCACUUUCUAUAUUAUGCUAGUUACUUGUUGGCUUAAACAUUCACUACUACUUUACUGAAGUUUUCAAUCUUAUCCUGGGGUGUCCCUAUGGCUUAAUUUCUGCUUGGAAACAAGUUCUCUGCACAUAUUGUAAGAAGAUCUGAUUGAAUUUGGUUGAGAGAUCAAUGAGAGGUGUCCUCUCAUUUUCAUGCUUGAAACUCUGUUCCCCAAUAUUUCCCUUUUCA